UGUAAAUACAGGACUAUUAAAAACACUUAUGUUUUUUUAAAAAUAUAAUAACUCCAAGAAAGUCUUUAUGUGACAUGAUUUUUUGUUUCCACUCAGAUUUUCUUUCCAUUUGUCCUCUGUUCAAUCCCCCAUUUUUAAUUCUCUUCAUCAUCAUCACAGCACUGCAUAUAAUCAAUAGUAUAUACAUAGACUCGUAAUAUUAUAUUAUUACUACUCUUGUGUGUGUGUAUAUAUUUGGUCUGGGGAAUAGAAUGUGCGUUUGUUUCUUGUAUAGUGUGAGAAAUAUACACUUGUCUCCUUUUCUAAUUAGAGAUAGAGAUUGAGCUCAGCAUGGUUUAUGGCUUUUUGUUCUCUUCUGGAGAAUGUUGGAUUUAUGAGGGCUUUUAGCUGAUUCAUUUACUCUCCAUUCUUCUCUUUCUCUCUUUUUCAGAUUGAGGAAGUUGCAUUGUUGUUGAUUAAAGAUUUGAUCUUGGGUUCUGGGUUUGUGUGAUAGGUGAUUAAUAGUGUAUAUAGAGGUGGUGAAUGGGAACUCAGACAAUGGGAUCUCAGGGAAGUUAUGGUAGUGGUGGUAGUAGGGAAAUGCAAGAGUCAGGGAAGGAUUUUUUGGCUCAGCAGAACUCGUUGUACAAUCUUACUCUGGAUGAGGUUCAAAGCCAAUUGGGGCAUUUGGGGAAACCUUUGACCAGUAUGAAUCUUGAUGAGUUUCUCAAGAGUGUUUGGACUGUAGAAGCUAAUCAGGGACUUGGGAGGGUUGAUUAUGGGGCUUCACAAAAUGGGCUGCUUGCUUCUGGGUCCGGUUUGUAUAGGCAAUCAAGUGUAACCUUACCUCGGGAUCUGAGCAAGAAAACUGUUGAUGAAGUUUGGAAGGACAUCCAGCAAGGGCAGAAUAAAAAUAGUACUCGGAUGAGUAACCGUGAAAGAAACUCUACUUUUGGUGAGAUGACUGUGGAGGACUUCUUGGUUAAAGCAGGGGUAGUUACUGAAGGAGGAAAAGCUUCGGGACCUGUUUUUGGGGUUGAGCCGGUUGCACUCCCACAACAAAGUUCCCCACAAACUCCUUGGUUGAACUACCAGAUCCCCUCGACUCAUCAGCCAACUCAACAACAGAAUAUGCUGUCUGUUUUCAUGCCGGGCAAUAUAGUUCAGCCAUCUCUUUCUCUGAGUUCAAAUACAAUUUUGGAUGUGUAUAAUGAGACCCAAAUGACUAUUUCACCUUCCCCUUUAAUGGGUACACUUUCAGAUACUCAGACUCCUGGGAGGAAAAGGAAUGCUUCAGGGGAUGUUGUUGAGAAAACUGUCGAAAGGAGGCAGAAGAGGAUGAUUAAGAAUAGAGAAUCUGCUGCUAGGUCACGAGCAAGAAAGCAGGCUUACACUCACGAGCUUGAGAACAAGGUGCAACGGUUAGAAGAGGAAAAUGAAAGGCUUAGGAGACAAAAGGAGGCAGAGAAUCUGUUGCCUUGCGUACAACUUCCAGAGCCGAAGUAUCAACUUCGCCGGACAAGUUCGGCAGAUUUCUGAAGAAGAAAAAGUAGAAUGGUGCUUGAUAAUGUUAUUCUAGUUUUCAGUAGGUCAAAUUAGUUGUGGAGUCUCCUUGGAAAUAUAAAUAUGCAACUCUCUGCCUUGUACCCCGGGGAUUGAUUCCAGAGGGAAGUUUAUUGUUACUUAUAAGUUGCCUUGUACAUUUUAACUUGAAACUUUUUAAAAAAACACAAAAACAGACCAUAGAGCUGUUUUUUUCU